AUGGAAACUAUUGAUUCGAAGCAAAAUAUUAAUAGGGAGUCUUUAUUGGAGGAAAGGAGAAAAAAAUUAGCAAAAUGGAAACAAAAAAAAGCACAAUUUGAUGCUCAGAAAGAGAAUCAAACUUCACGCAAUAACAUUGUUACUAACAGUUUAGGGGCUCAGCGGACUGCUGACAAGUUUACGGAAAGACAAGAACAAGUAAAAGAAAAGCUCCGGAAAAGAAAAAAUGAAUUUGGAAAGCCUGACGAGCGUAUGUCGGUUAAGCCCUCGAAGAAAAAGUCAAAGAGAAAUAAGGUGAGGGAGAAAAUAUCCUUCGAUUUUAGUGAUGACGAUGAUGCUAAAAUAGGACAUGCUUUUCGAUCGAAGGAGCACCUUCAGAAAGUAGCAGAACAUGAUGAUGAAAAAGAUCCACUUGAUGAGUUUAUGACAUCAUUAAAGGAGGGAGAGGUUAGUACUAUCAAAAGCACGUACGACAGAGGUGACAUUCUUGAUGUAGAGGAUCAACUAGUUGCACUUGAGGGAGCCGAUGACGAGAAUGUUGAGGAUAAUACGGAUAGUUCUAACAUAGCGAAAAUUGCUAAACUGAAAGCAAAAAAACGUGUAAAGCAAAUUUAUUACUCCCCAGAAGAGCUUGAACCAUUCCAAAAAAACUUUUAUAUAGAAUCUGAAACUAUUUCCUCAAUGACAGAGGUAGAAGUUGAGGAGCUCAGACUCAGUCUGGAUAAUAUCAAAAUAAAGGGAACAGGGUGCCCCAAACCAGUUACAAAGUGGUCACAAUUGGGACUCUCAACGGAUACUAUGAUUUUAAUUACAGAAAAGUUACGCUUUGGCUCCUUAACACCUAUUCAAUCUCAGGCGCUCCCCGCUAUCAUGUCAGGCCGUGAUGUCAUAGGAAUAUCGAAAACUGGCUCCGGUAAGACCAUCUCCUAUCUUUUACCGUUGCUAAGACAAGUUAAGGCUCAACGACCAUUGUCAAAGCACGAAACAGGACCGAUGGGUUUAGUUCUGGCCCCAACUAGAGAGCUAGCUUUACAAAUACAUGAAGAAGUCACUAAAUUUACAGGAGCAGAUGCAUCCAUUAGAUCCGUAUGCUGUACGGGUGGUUCUGAAAUGAAGAAGCAGAUCACUGAGCUUAAAAGAGGUGCUGAGAUUGUUGUUGCCACACCUGGUCGAUUUAUUGAUCUAUUAACUCUAAAUGAUGGGAAAUUACUCAGUACUAAAAGAAUAACGUUUGUAAUAAUGGACGAAGCAGACAGGUUGUUCGAUUUAGGUUUUGAACCUCAAAUCACCCAAAUCAUGAAAACUGUUCGACCGGAUAAGCAGUGCGUUCUAUUCAGUGCAACUUUUCCGAACAAACUACGCAGUUUUGCUGUAAGAGUUUUACAAUCUCCAAUAUCUAUUACGAUCAAUUCAAAGGGACUGGUAAACGAAAACGUGAAACAAAAGUUUAAGAUAUGCCAUUCAGAAGAUGAAAAAUUUGAUAAUCUAUUACAGCUUAUCCAUGGGCGCAGUGAAUUUGUUGACGAAGUUCAAACUGAAGUUGACGGAGAGUCAAGUGAUGUUGAGGAAGUUGAUGCUAAAGCCAUUAUAUUCGUAUCAAGUCAGCAGAUAUGUGACUUUAUUUCAAAAAAGCUGUUGAAUGCUGGAAUCGCGACUUGCACUAUUCAUGCAGGUAAGCCAUAUCAAGAAAGGCUUAUGAAUUUAGAGAAGUUCAAAAGAGAAAAGAACAGUAUUCUUCUCUGUACGGAGGUUCUUUCAAGAGGUUUAAAUGUUCCUGAAGUGUCAGUGGUUAUUAUUUAUAAUGCCGUAAAAACUUUUGCGCAAUAUGUUCAUACCACUGGAAGAACUGCCAGAGGAAGUCGCUCAGGCACUGCCAUUACGCUCCUGUUGCAUGAUGAAUUGUCAGGUGCUUAUAUAUUGAGCAAAUCCAUGCGUGACGAUGAAUUGAAAGCUUCAGAUCCUCUACAAGUAAAAGAACUUCACGAAAUGAGUGGCAAAUUUGAAUUCGGUAUGAAAAAGGGUAAGUUUAGGUUGUCGCAAGGGUUCGGCGGCAAAGGACUUGAGAAUAUUAAAAGUAAAAGAGAGGAAGCUCAAAAUACUGAUUUGGAACUAGAAAAAGGUGACAAGAAGAGCGAUGAACUGGAAAAGAAAAAUAACAAUCUUCGUGCAGAACAUGACAAUGAGCCUGAGUCAUCUGCACUAAUUCCGAAACUCAAGUAUGAAUUGUUCAAAGAGCCCACGACAGACGGGACACUUAUCUUUUACGCCAAGGUUCAUAUUAAUGAUUUGCCCCAAAUUGUGAGAUGGGAAGCGACAAAGAACACGACCUUAUUAUUUAUCAAGCACGAAACCGGAUGUAGUAUAACCAACAAGGGUAAAUUUUACCCUGAAGGAAAGGAGCCAAAGAAUGAAACCGAUGAGCCGAAACUUUACUUAUUGAUCGAAGGCCAAGAUGAGAAAGACAUACAAUUAAGUAUUGAGUUGCUGGAGCAAAAAGUCAAGGAGGGAGUUAUAAAGGCUGCAAGCUUGUCUCUGAAGAGUACGAAGUACUAA